UGGUGAGCCUUUGCAGGAGGAGCAAUGGCAAAGCGAAAGGCUGAAAGGCUUGCCAGUGUUGUAAAGCAAGAUGGUCAGGCUGUGGGAUGGGAGUGAGAGAGCAGGCUGUUUGUUGGUGGGGCCCUAGCUCCUGUGGGAAGGUGACCGAGAGGCUCUGCUGGCUGCUCUGCUGAUCUCUGCUGCAAAAGGAGAGGGAGGUCUCCAAGAGAGGUCUCCAAGUCUUCGUUGUCAGCUGAAGCCUUGGCUGGCAUGAUGCAGCAGUUUGAGGCAUGGAAGUGGCUGGAAAUCCUUGUGCAGGCUGUGGAUGAGCCUGUGCCUUACUGACUGCUUUCCCUCUGUCCUCUUCCUGCUCCCCCAGGUCAUUUGCCAUGCUGUUGCUUGCAGCGAGACUGAGCCAAUUGCUCAGCUGGUGGCCCGGCAGAGGAGUUCCAAGAGGAAGACGGGACGGCAAGUGAACUGCCAGAUGAGGCUGAAGAACACGUCUCCAGUCAAGCUGGCAGGGAAGCCCAAAGGAACUUUGAGACAGCCCAGGUCUUUGAGCGUGCCAGAAGAAGGCAGCAAGAGGCCUGUUCCUCGCUUGGCACGAAGCAGAGGAGUGGCGGGUGGCGUGGUGAAAGCCACUGUGGAGAGUGCCCGUCUCGCCUUGUCACCAGCUGCUGGGAGUGGACCACCUAAAGAAAUGCCCAUGCAGAGACACAUUACUGUGGUCAACAGGACUGUGUCCAAGGAUGAAUGUCUUGGUCAUGCAGCUUGAAAAACAAAGUUUACCUAUUGCACUGCAUGCUAUUGUCUUGCAAAGAUGCACCACAAGCCCACCUGCAGCACUGGGAGGAUUUCACCACAAUCUGCACGCACAGUGAACCCAAGACCUGCAGUGUUUUACCCACUGGACAGCCUGGCUGGGUCCUGUAAUUGCUUUAGUUGA